AUGUCUCAGUCCCAGCCCUCGCUGCACACCAGGUACCGCUGCUCGUCAGAGGAAAGCUCAGGGAGCGAGCAGGCACCGGGGUCUAACAUGGCAGGGCAGCCUCAGGAGCCCACGGCAAGGACGGGAGAAGCCCGGGAAGGGGGCAGAUCCCUGGAAGAGGGGCUCGCGCUGCCCCCGGAGCCCCAUCCCCGCCGGCAGGGAGGGAGCCCCGGGCACAUCCGCACCCCCGCCAUCCCUCGGGGCUCCGGGCGGGAGCGCGCGCGGGGCGGGAGCGCGCCGGGCGGGGCUCGCGCUGCGCGCCGGCGGAGAAGCGCGCCCCGCGGGGGCGCCGGCGGCCCCACAGCGCCCCUGGCGGGCAGCGCGGGCACUGCGGAGGCGGCGGGAGGGAGCCCGAGCCCCGCGAGUUCCCCCGGGCCGGGGCAGCGGCGGGACCGCGCGUCCCAGCGCGGGGCACUGCGGGGCGGGAGAGCGCGCACCCGGCCCCCAAACACGCGAGCCCCGCCGUGCGACACGGGGCGAGAAGCGAUACGCAGGCGCCGGCCGCGGGGCUCGAAGUGGGGGGAGAACUGUAGGGCGGUCGCCGAGUGCCCCCCGCCCGCGGAGCCCCUCUGCCGCGGGUGCGCGGUGCUGCCUGCACAGCCCCAGCCCCGGUGCGCAGCGGGCGCGCAGCCCCGCGGGACUGCCCCCCGCGCUGCCAAGGUCAGCACGCGGCACGGCGAGACCCCCACCAGGGACACGAGUGGCGUGGGGAGGGCAGGGACCCGCGCAGCGCGAAGUUUCUGGCGGGGGAACCGGGGGGCUGCGGCGCGGGGUCGGAGCGCGGAGUCACGCUGCCUUUCGGGGCGGCGAGCGGCGGUCCCGCAGCACAAAGGGAGCUCCAGGCAGCCCCACGAAAGAAGAGCAGCGCGCAAGGACCCCCCCCGGCCCCGCGCCGCCGGGCGCUGCAAUGCACCGGAGAGCGGGGACACCGCGCCGGGAGCGCGGAGCCCAGCCCGAGCUCCGCUCACGGCCCCACUCGCGGGCAGCGCUGCCCGCAGCCGGGAGAGUGCUGCGGAGCGGGAGGAGACCCAACGCUGGGGCCGCCCCGGCAAAGGGGCCCCCGCGACCCCCCGCGCAUCCUCCGCGCCCGCGGGGCGCCCCGCCGGCUCCCCACGGGGGUCGCGGACACGUGUGGACGAGGUACCGGGAGCCCCCCCAGCCGCCGCGCUCACUCACCGGGGAAGCACACCACAUCAUGGAGCACGGAGCUGGUGA